AUGGUUUUGUCAUCACCAUGGAGACAGUUUGUUGUGGGCCACAGGAGGAAGUGGGAGUCCCAGACCAGAGUGGGAAAGUUGUUUGCAGGGAAUCUGUUGGUGCCAUCAGCGGUCUUCCUUACUGGCGGCUCCCACUCCAUAUUUGUGGAAACAUGUCACCUCCUCAGCCUGGUGUCCAUGUCGCUGCAACAGUUCACAAACCAACAUCGCAUCUACAUUGUGCCAGAGGUUAACCACAUGUGGACCCAGCACACAGAGUCCAUUCUGGCUACAAUUGGUGACAGUCCACUGAUCGUAUCUGGAGAUGCACGGUGUGAUUCGCCCGGCCAUUGUGACUCCUUUGACUCUUACACCAUCCUGGACUCUGCUUCCCACCUGAUCCUCGCCCAGGAGACUGUGCAUGUGACCGAAGUGAAGAACAGCUACUGGUUAGAGACUGGGGGAUUAGAGAGAUGCCUGCAACACAUUGAGGUAAGAUAUCACCUAACCUAUAUUUUGUAGCUAGCCUAAGAGUUGUAAGUGAGUAUUUGAUGGCUGUAUGAAGAGGAUGUGGGUACCUUUAGGAUAAUAAUAAAACCAUUAUUACUAACAGGCCCAUGGAUGCAGUAUUGAAACCCUGGCCACUGACAGGCAUCCAAGUGUGAGGGUGCACUUGAGGGACUCACAUGCUGAUAUCUGGCAUGAGUAUGACCUGUGA